AAAAAAUAUUCAAUCAAAUCAAGGGUGACUGAACCAUCUCAUUGUCAUUUAUUGCAUUUUGUCUGCAAUAAAUAAAUUAAUUAACCGUAUUACGCGUGCCGAGUGCAAUAAUACAGCGGCAGUGAGAGUCAUGCCUUUGUGAGUAACAUCUUAGGUGUGGCUAUCCCGUCGACGCUGUGCAUGUUUCUUGUGGCCCGUGACUUUUGUGUUGUGAAAAAUAUUUUGCCUCGCUCAGCGCAGGAUGACCGAAUACAAGCUGGUGGUGGUCGGCGCUGGAGGCGUGGGCAAGUCGGCCCUCACUAUACAGUUGAUACAAAACCACUUCGUGGACGAAUACGACCCGACGAUAGAAGACUCGUAUAGGAAGCAGGUGGUGAUCGACGGGGAGACGUGUCUGCUGGACAUCCUGGACACGGCGGGGCAAGAGGAGUACUCGGCGAUGCGCGACCAGUACAUGCGCACGGGGGAGGGGUUCCUGCUGGUGUUCGCGGUGAACAGUGCCAAGAGUUUUGAAGAUAUCGGGUCGUACCGGGAGCAGAUCAAGCGGGUGAAGGACGCGGAGGAGGUGCCCAUGGUGCUGGUGGGCAACAAGUGCGACCUGCAGGCCUGGGCCGUCGACAUGGCGCAGGCGAGGGAGGUAGCGAGAAGUUACGGAGUGCCAUUUGUAGAAACGUCAGCCAAGACGCGGAUGGGGGUGGACGACGCUUUCUACACACUAGUCCGGGAGAUCCGCAAGGACAAGGAGCGGCGCGGGAACAGGAACAAGCACCCCAGAAAACUGCCCUCCCUAAAAAAGUUCAAGUGCACACUUCUGUAAAUGUAAAACAUAUCACAACGGCAUAAGUUGAUUUGCAUCAAACUUAUUUAUAUAGCUUCAAUUUUGCUAAAAAUGAUUUUGUUUUGCCGCGUUUUCAGUCAAUUGUCGUUGUUUGAGGCCUCAUGGUUCAAUAAAUGAUCACCCAACUACCUAGAUGUGAUAAAAGCCUGAGACAUGAUUUUAAUAAAGCUUGAAUAGAAUUUUUCAUAUCUAGGUCAAACAGCUGGCAUGCCUAUAGACUAACGAUAACCUGACUUGGCAAGCUCAUAAGUUAAGCAUACUUACAUUCUUUUUCAUAAACUUAUUGUUCUGCUCUGGCCUGAUCAAGUCGACAAUUGACCACAGGUUAAUUAUUGUUUACCAUACCAUUUAGAGGAAAACUGCCUUUUUCCACAUAGUUUCUGUUUGUAGUUGUCAUAUACAUCUCAAGGCCUAAUACCUACUCAAAAUCAUACAGGAUAAUGUAUGAUGCUUGUUUCCUUAAAUUGCAGUAGAAAUAAGUUGCGAUGGUUUCUCUUCAAAUAGUUUUGGCUAAUAUCUGACUGUAGUCCCGUGCUCUUCCUUGUAACACCUUCACCAGACAAACAAUGUCGUGUUUCUGUUAUGUACUUAAUUAAUACUUUGCAAAUUAAUUUAAAUAUGUAUCCAAUUUCUAUAAUGACGAUCUUGAUUAAUUUAACUCGACAAUACUUUAUUUCUAAUUAAAAGUUGAGGUGAUAGGUCACAUGUAGUCAGAAUAUGCCAUAAUGCCAUAAAAAUAUAAAAUACCUAAACAAUCGUUCAAUUCUAUAAUGUUGUAUUCGAAAGGAGGUAAUUUUUCCGAUUACUUUAGAAAUAAGUUGUGACUAUUAUUCAUUUUACAUGAUAGAUAGCAAAAAAUGUAUGAUAAAAUAAGUAAAAAUAUUUUACUAAAAGCUAACGUAAUAUGUAGCCGAUCGAGCUGAAGGACUCUGCUGUGCAAAAUGUUUAAUUCUUAGAGAAAUGUAAGGCAUUUAUACAUUAGAUUUAUUAUGUCUUAUAGCGUUCGUGCAUAUAUGCAUAAAUUAUCUAUCAUUAUAUAUUAGUUUUACUAAUUAAAUACUUAAAGUCAUUCGACCAUAAACCAGAUAAUUUUAUGCCUCCUAUAAUAUCUAGUGGAAAAAAUCUGAGAUUGAUUUUUUCACGGAUUAUUAUUAUCAAAAAGUACCUUUUAAAUUUAUUUAACGUAACUAAAUGCAAGAUUUAACUAUUCGUAAAUAAUACUAAUUCAUAAAAUAUAUAUUGAAGUAUGAGAUCUCUUUACAGUUAGUGGGGGGUGGAAAGGCACAAAUCUGUUGACUAUUUAGAUGGGAGUGUCUUACCUUACAUAACGUUUGUAAAUACAUUAAAUAUAUAAGUAGUAUUUUAUAUUUAAUAUCCUGCUAUUAAACUAUUAAUGAAAUUAAUACACAUUGCUUGUUUCUUCUAAUAGUGUAAUUUGACGUUGUAUAAAGAUAUCCUUGAUGGUUAUAACUUGAUAAGACAUGUCACUGUUAAUCUUUGCUACGAUAGUCAUACUUAUUAUACAUUUUCAUACGAUUUCUACGAUGCCUACUAAUUAUAAGCGACUAUUAGUAUUUUCAGAAGAUUGAUAUAGAUGCUUGGCAGGAUCAUAUUGAGUGCAUGUAAGCCUACUGAGAUUUCUGAAUAACCAAAUAGUUUCAUAUUUAUCUAUCUUGCUAAAAAUUUAUAUUCUAUGAUAGCCAUUCUGCCAGUCAUCCGUAUCAAUCAUCCAUUUCCAAAAUUAUAAUUUUACAUAUGAACUUUGUGAACAUUGCCAAAGGUAGACAUUUUGUGAUGUUUAUGAAAGAGUUUUCGUUCAAACAAUGAAAUAUAUGGAAUCGAAUUUAUUUUGAUGAACUUGCAAAUCCAGGUAAAUUUUUAGGCUUAUGACAGUUUUUUUUUUAUAUAAUUUAGUUCGUAGGUAAAUAGUGUAUUAUAGAUUAUAUUGCUUUACUUAUUAAUGCAAUUUAUUUGCUACAAUUUUCUUUUCACAUUGUGUUCAGUUGACUUAAGUUAUAUAUUCAUGGUAGGUAGUAUGAUUAUUACUGUUGUUAUCACAAUGAGAAAACAUGUUACGAAUGGUCAUAUUUCUUUCAUUCAUCAUUUUUUCUAGUCAUCACUGCACCAACCUUGCAAAACAGUGAACCUUUCAGUUUGAAUCUAAGGGUGACUUGCACCAAACAUUUAAACGAAAAACGAAAUUAAAUCUAUUCUUCUCUUGCUUUGAUAGUAUACUGACUGAGCAGGACAUAAACAAAUUUAAUUUCGUUUAACUAUUUGGUGCAAGUCACCCUAAAAGGUGUGUCGUAAGGGGUAAAUUAAGUGCCAAAAUUAAAUGGCUAACAAAACAUUUAUGAUAAAGUGUACUCUACCCUUAGCCAGUGAUGACUGAUGGCAUUCAUUAUAAAUAAGUCCAUUGACCUAUGAAUGUACCUAAUGCAGUAUACUAUAAUUAUAACGGCAGUUAAAAUGAGUGUUACCUAUAUACAUUAAUUUCUACUAAAUAUUUCUAAAUUAAAGUCUUGAGCACAAUCUUGGUGAAAUGUUAUACCUGACUUCUAAACUAAAGUGAAUUAUUUCUGUAACGAUAUAGCACAAAUCGUGUGCUCAUUUGAAUUACCUUAAUAAAAUGUAAAACUUUA